AUGGCAAAUGUAGACAAACUCAUCAACCACAUAGGAGACUUUGGACCUUUCCAGAAAAAGAUUGUUACACUUGGUUCAUUUCCAUUAGUAAUUUUUGCUUUUGUAAUUGUCGGGGUUGUUUUCUUAGCACACACUCCGGAUCACUGGUGUUGGAGUCCUGGGUCUGAGCACCUCCGGGAGGAAUGUGGCUGGACGGAGGCCGAGGUGCGUGAAGUCACUAUCCCCCACUCUGAACAGUCAGGAUCCUUCAGCCGCUGUGAGAGGUUUGAUGUGGACUGGAGCAAAAACCAAAACAAAUGCAAUGAGCUUAACUGGCUGUUGACUUCCAACGCAACUGAGCUGGUGCCUUGUGAUGGCAGAUGGGUGUUUGAUGAAAGCCACAGCACUAUUGUGUCUGAGUUCUCACUGGUCUGUGAGAAAUCCUGGCUCGCUGAUCUGAAUCAAGUCUUUCUGGCAUGUGGAUUUUUUGUUGGGGCUUUCAUCACUGGCUACCUGGCUGACAGGUUUGGUAGAAAGCCAUGUUUGAUUGCAUCAAUGCUUGGCCUUGGUAUCUCAGGUGUAGGGGUGCUGCUGUCGCCAUGGUACCUGCUGCUGCUCAUCUUUAGAUUUUUACAAGGGUUUUUUGGAAAGGGAGCGUGGACGGCCACCUAUGUACUUGUGAUCGAGUUCUUUGGAUCAGACAACAGGAAAUUCGUUUCCAUGGCGAGUCGGACUUUCUACUCUACUGGCAUGGUCAUCCUGCCUGGCCUGGCUUACUUCCUGUCUUCCUGGAGGACUCUGCAGCUGGUCAUGAGCGUGUCCUGCUUUCUGUUCAUCUCAUACCACUGGCUUGUUCCUGAAUCUCCACGCUGGCUGUUUUCACAAAAAAGAACUACAGAGGCCAUGAGAGUUACUGCUGACAUUGCAAAAUACAAUGGGAGAUCUUUACCACAUAAUAUUCAAGAGAUAAUUCUUUUGGAGGAAAAGAAAAAUGUAAAUCCUGUAUCGGUUAUGGAUUUGUUUAGGACACCAACUAUAAGAAAAAACACACUAAUUUUAAUUUACGCCUGGUUUACCAGCACUGUUGUGUUUCAAGGCCUGGUCCUGCGGCUUGGGAUCACAGGAGACAACCUCUUCUUAGAUUUUUUCAUUUCGGCUGUGGUGGAGCUUCCAACCGGCCUCAUCUUCUACCUGCUGGUCGACAGAGUCGGUCGACGCUCCCUCAUGGCCAUCUCCAACUUCACUGCUGGCAUUGCCUGUCUCACAAUUCCCUUUCUCUCCAUGGAUUUUGCCUGGUUGAAAAAGUCGAUUGCAAUCAUCGGGAGGCUUGCUGUUGCCAUUGGAUUUGAGACUGUGAACUUUGCAAACACAGAGAUGUAUCCGACACCUCUGAGAAAUCUGGGUGUGUCAGUGUGUUCAUCAGCCAGUGACCUUGGAGCAAUUGCAGCCCCAUUCUUGCUCUACAGACUGGCCAGCAUCUGGCAGGAGCUGCCUCUUUUUCUUUACGGUGUGAUGUCGGUACUGUACAGUGGAUUGGUGACAAUGUUACCUGAAAUGAGUGGAGUCGCCCUGCCAGAGACCAUAGAGGAUGUAGAGAAUCUAAAUGGGAGGAAAGACAAGUCAAAGAAUGCAGAGGGAAACGACUUGAUUAUAUGAUUGAUGCCAUGAAGAGCUGCAACAUCACUGAAUUAUUUUCUAUAUUUGUGCCGUGUUUACAAUACACAUGAUGUCUCACUGUAGUCUGCUCAUUAGAUGUACAGCCAGUGAACAGUCCUAUGAAAUGUACUGCAGUGGUUGUUUUUGCAGACUUGUGUUAUAUUUGAUAUUCUGAGGACUUUAAAGGUGUUAAGAUUAUUGCACUGUGAGGGGAUGCAACACAGGAGGCCUUUGAAAAUUAAAUGAAGAGAAUCUUUGCAACCUCACACCUCAACAAUAUUAAUUUGUGCAAAUUAUGCUUUUUUAUAUUAAGAUUGAGGACCUUACAUCACCUUAUGCAGUAUGGAAUUUUGGGUGAUGAAACUUAAAAAUUACCUAAAAGUCUCAGAUGAUUGUGUUACAGAUGUUAUUGUAAAGGAGCAGAUAUAUUGUCUUUUUGUUGUGCAUUUGUCUGUCACAGGAGGAUUUGUCAAAAAAUAAGUGAUUUAAAUUAGACUGGUAGGAACAUCAAAUAGCGCCACCAGGUGGCCAUUUAUAAAACACUUUACAGGCUCAUUUCUUGUCAACGAAUCCCAUGAAAAGACCAAAACCAACGAUUAGGUGAUCCUACUAACAACUAUCUUCUGUGUGACCAAAGCCUGACAUAGCUUAGCCCUGUGACAUAGAGCUCCACCAUUGUUCGAAAACUAUUAAAAACACUGUGUGACACUGUGGCACUGAGUGACAUGCUCUAUCAUUUUUGAUAAACAUGGGCAAUGUAGUUUAUUCUGAGUUAGUCUCACAUAGGAGUCAGCUUGAUGCUGUUAAUACUUGCUAGUGCAACUGAAAAAUAGUCCCCAACAAAUGCUCUAUUUAUUCCUGUUAGUAAUAUUUACUAAACACUACAGUGCAGUUUUAGAGGAUUUUUUUUUUAAGUUUUACGUGGGAUCAAAUGGAAUUGGGGCUGAGAGCCACAGAAAGAAUAGGGGGAGUCCAAAACUAUUGAAAGACAAACUGAAGGCUGGGUUAUGAGACAAGACCGUCUGAAGCAGCAUACUCAUCACUUAACAUGUUGUUGGUUUUGGUCUUCUCAUGGGUUUUGUUAGAUAAUAAUACUGAAUAUUUUCAACUGUAAGGAACAAAAGCAAAAUAACUUUUUUCUUGAGUUUUUGAUUACUGUUUUAAAAUCCCUAACCUGUCUUUUUAUAAAAGAGUUCUUCCUUAAA